AUGGCAGUCUGCAGACGGGCAUAACAGACCCAGCCGUGAAAGUGGAACUUAUUUGUUGUAUGUGAGGAAAUACCGCAACGCAAAUGUCUGUUUGAACGUUGUAUGUAUGUUACCUUUUAUUCGCAGGCCAUUAGUGCGACAAAUAACCGCUCAAUUCCUAUGAAGUUUUUUUAAUCCAUUGAUUUGAUCAGAUGAGCAGGCACAGUCAGUGCAGUGAACAGACAGAAAAGACAAACAACCUCCAUUCCACAGCUGUCUCUCCUCAGCCGAUGACUGUUGCACAAGUACUACAGCAUGUAGACAGCAGUGCAUUGUCCCGGACCUUUUGCAAAUGAAAAUGGAGGACGUGUCUCUGUCCAGUAUGGACAGCAGUAAGAUGGAGGGCUUUGCUCAAGAGAUCCUGUCUGACCUGGUGGAGGAUGCCUGUUUGGGUCUUUGUUUUGAGGUUCACAGGGCUGUCAAACAGGGAUAUUUUUUCCUAGAUGAUACAGACCAAGAUAGUAUGAAGGACUUUGAAAUUGUGGACCAGCCUGGAGUAGAUAUUUUUGGGCAAGUAUAUAACCAGUGGAAAAACAAAGAGUGUGUGUGUCCCAACUGCAGUCGGAGCAUUGCUGCAUCUCGCUUUGCUCCUCACCUGGAGAAAUGUCUCGGUAUGGGACGCAACAGCAGUCGCAUUGCCAACCGCAGAAUUGCCAGCGGCAACAACACAAACAAAUCAGAGAGUGAUCAAGAAGACAAUGAUGAUGUCAACGACAAUGACUGGUCUUAUGGGACGGAAAAGAAAGCCAAGAAGAGAAAGUCAGAUAAGAAUCCAAAUUCACCAAGAAGAUCCAAAUCAAUGAAACACAAAAAUGCUUUGCUGGGCUCAAAGCGUCGUGUGGACAACCAGGACAGCUCCUGUGUGUUGCUAAGAGACGAGACAUUUUCUCAGUAACACUUUUUGUUGCAGAAGUCACUCACUCCCCACAGUCCCCACAGUUGACCUUACGAUGGGAUUGUGUGAGCUAAGUUAUGCUGAUCAGUGGAGGAGGCAUGGACUAAUUCUUUUGUCGUUCAGUUUACAUGAGUAUUUUUCCCCCCAAUAUUUACCAUUUAUUUUUUUCUUCAGGAAUAUUUGCACAGUUGCUCAUGUCUUGCUCAUGUAGCUUUGAGCUGACACAAUGACAUGUAGGAUAGAGGAACAUGCGCAGUGCUCUCAGGGACAGUUGUAACUCAUCAUAUCGGCCACCAGAAUCAGCCGAGAGUCAUAGACCCUGGGCUAGUUGACUUUUCCCUUUACAUGGAUACAGGAUUUGUACCAAAUUAUACCUGCUCAUAUGUGACCUCCCAUUCUAGUUGGAUAUAGAAGCAGCAGUUGAUAAAGAAUCAUACAAGGUUAUGAUCAAGGUUAAUUGCAAAACAAAUCAAGAUUUGUAAUCAAUGUCAGUUAUUCUCGAUCAGGUAAUUACUACACAAUUUGUACACAAAUGUUAUAGAGAAUCAUGAUCCAGUAGAGUGUUUUCUUUUCUCUGUAGUUCCAACAGCCAAAGUGUGGUACUGUUGUUCUAUAUUAUGUCCCUAGUUCUUUAGGGACAUAAUAUUUUUUUAUUUUUUUUAAAUCAAUGGUAAGUUAUUGGUUACAUAGAGAGCAGAGUUUGGCGUAGAUUGAAUCAAGGCUUGAGAGUAUCUUUAUCAUUGUAACUUUUUUUUUUUUCUUUUCUCAAUUUCUUAUGUAUUAGAUGUUUACAGUGUAAGGUCUCCUGUGCGGUUUCACUUUGUUUGUAACUGUGUAUAUAUGUAUUUGACUGGUGAAAAAUGCUGCUAUGCUGACCGUGAGCCAUACGCUUAUGGGCAUAUUAACCAAUAAAUGAUCAGAAC